UAUAUAUAUACUGUAUGUAUUUCAGCUCUCUCGCUCUGUAUGUAAGAGCAUAAAGAGGACUUGUCCAGCCUGCUGGGAACGAAUAUGAUGUGCUACUCGUGUUGGUAUUAGCUGUGACAGUAUUGAUUUCACUGAGGAGGAUUAUUGUGGUUUGGGGUUGGUUGUGGUGCUCACUGGAUGUUUUCGGGGCGACUGAUAAAGCAGCGUUAUAGGGAUGGCUGUUUCUAAGGGUGACAUUCCUCUGUUUUGCUCAUACAUGAAAACGUGUCUGAAAAUUCUCUCAGCUAUUUACACCACAACAUUUCAGGAAAACCAAAUUUUCCUGAACAAAGAAAUGAAAACGUUCGGACACUUUGUGUGUGUGCGUGCGUGUGUGUGUGCGUGCGUGUGUGUGUGUGUGUGCUUCACAGAGAUCUACUGUAGUCUGUAUCUCAGCUCAGUGUUGUGCUUGUGCGUUCGCUUGCCGUUUGAUCCACACACAUCUUAAUAUGAGGAAUGUUUGGCGCUCCCGAGGGAUUUUUGCACAACACAGGUAUUACUCCUCUUGCCUUUCAGAUCUCUCUCUCUCUCUCUCCCUCUCUCUCUCCCUCUCUCUAAAGUCAGUUUAGAACUCUAGUGCUGUUCCUCUACUAUAUUGUUUUGACCAGCAGCUUUUGCAUUUGUCAGGUGGAGAAUCCAUUGUGUGCGAAUACAAUGUGAAUACAUUAGUCAAAGUAACUUUUUACUGAAGUAAAGUUAAAUUAGCUCCGUGCACGUGUUAAAAUGCCUUUUUCAGACAUCCUGUGACCUUCAGCACUAACCCCUAUGUGUGUUUUGUCUUUUUUUUUUUUACCCCGCUGAAAUACUAUAUUAGUUCUUUUUCUGCUGUGUUUAUAAAUCAGGGACGUCUAUUCUUAUUAUGGAGGCUUGCUCAUGAAUUUAAAAUAUAUCUAUUUUUUAAUAAAUAAAUAAAUAAAUAAAUAAAUAAAAUUCUAUUAAAAAAAAAAAUCCUGAUUUUAUUUUCAAUGUUAGCAGUUAUUUAUGCUUCAUGUGUCGUGUCAGUGUCAUGCCAUCUGAACACGAUGAUGUGUAUGAGUUCCACACUGGAGUGAGAAAUCCUACAUAAAUGGCUUGUGCUUUUUCUUUUCUUUUUCUUUUUUAAUAAGUCAAACAAUGCUGAUGCUGAUGAUUCCAUGCUUUUUAUCUGAUGCAAUUAAACUACAAAACACACACACACACACACACACACACACACACACGCCAACACACACACACACGCAAACACUCACACAGCUGCUAUUUUUUACAUCAAGGUUUACAUCAAGCAAACUGAAGGCAUCUGAUGAUAGUUGCUGAUGAUUUGAAAUCAGGAACUGAAGCUUGUCAGAUAAGUUCUAUCACGAAGCGAUCUGCUCUGAUUUCUUUGGAGAAUGAAUUUCUGGAAUAUGAAAGGUGGCCGGAGAUGAUUUUGGGAGGCAGCGUGGUGGGGCAGACACAAUACUUAGCCGUUCGGCUCGGCACCUGAAUUUUCUUAUCAGUGGGGAAUUGCGCGUCUCUGAGAGCCUGGCAAUAUCUUCCCUGCUGCUGCUGGAAAUGCAGCGAGUGUGGUGACACACACACACACACACACACACACACACACAUACACUUUUAGGAGCGGAAAGAGCCGCACAAGUGCAUCCCAAUCUUUCUGAAACAAAGGGGAGUCUUUGAUCUUUUCUUAUGGUUCAACCCCCGUGUGGGAUAUGGCCAGUGUGGUGUGAAUGCUUCCUCGUAGACACACACACACACACACACACACACACACACACACAAACACAUACUGCAGUGCACAGUGGCAUUGUGCUGUACAUCAGUCACCAACAGUUUUACAAGAUAAGUUCUUACGAAGAAAUCUCACUAUUGUCAAUCAAAAACACACAUACACACACAUACACACAGACAGAGGAGUUGUCACAGCUUAAUUGUUUUUUUUUCUCACAUCACCCAUCUCCACAUGCAGGACAGAAGGCACUAGGGAAGGAUUUGAUGGAGGAAGAAGUGCAAACACGUUGCUGGCAGUGCAUAGCUUCAUUUACAAUGUUUUGUAUCAACAAAGUGAGCGGCUUUAUCUCCAGGCUUGACAGCACGAACCGAUAAGCAGUGUUGUAGGAGAGACAUGCACUGCCUCUUUAAAUCCCCUUCUUUCUCCAUAUAUCUAUCUCUCUGUUGUCUCGUUAUACUGUGCCCCCCCAUCUCUCUCUCUCUCUCUCUCUCUCUGUCACGCCUUCUUUCUCACUGGCUCUCACUGUCCCCUCCCUUCUCCCUCUGCUCAAUCUCUCUGUUCGCACACACAGCCUCUUGUCCAGCUCCAAUUGGCUGCGCAGGCACCAAUCUGGCACAAGGAAGAGCCGAGGGGGGGGACUGCAUAUGCAAACCCUCGCUUCAUAUUCAUGAGCACCAAUCGUGGCUUUAAGUCCUUGAUUAGAAGAGUGCAAGAGCUUUUGGUCCCAACUGGCUGCGCCUAUAGGCUUGUCACUGGGAGAACGCUUCCUGUUAAUUGCACUGCUCAAGUGACGGGACGGCAAGAGGAGGAGGAGGAGAGAGAGAGAGAGAGAGAGAGAGAGAGAGAGAGAGGGGGACAAAUAGAGAGAGGGGAAAAAGAGAGCGAGAGAGACAGACAGAGAGAAACUUUGAUUUAUAGAAGCGCUUGCUCAAAUGAUGGUCACUGAGUGCCAAUGGAUUCAGUAGAACUUUCACUGCCUGAGUGUUUCUCGUUACACUCUGAACAAGAAAUGAAUGUAUCAAAGGCCCAGGUUAAUAGCGAAGAUAAGUACGGCAAAUGCGGUGCAUGGAGAAUGCAACAGCAUUACAACGUCGAUACGCAUGCACUCUAUAACCAAAGGCUGCUUUGCAGAAUGUCCAGCAAGGACCGCCACAUUGAGUCCAACUGUCCCUCAUACAUCAAGACGGAACCCUCUAGCCCAGCCUCGCUGACUGACAGUGUCAACCACCACAGCCCCGGCGGCUCAUCAGACGCCAGUGGCAGCUACAGUUCAGCAAUGAACGGCCACCAGAACGGCUUGGACUCGCCCACGCUGUAUGGUCCAGGAGGCACGCUGGGCCCCAACGGCACCGGCGCAAAGCGUUACGAAGACUGCUCCAGCACCAUCGGCGAGGAUUCACAGAUCAAGUGUGAAUACAUGCUCAACUCCAUGCCCAAGCGCCUGUGCCUGGUCUGCGGUGACAUUGCGUCAGGUUACCACUAUGGUGUGGCCUCAUGUGAAGCCUGCAAGGCCUUCUUCAAAAGAACCAUUCAAGGCAAUAUUGAGUACAGCUGUCCCGCCACCAACGAAUGCGAGAUCACCAAGCGCAGACGGAAGUCCUGCCAAGCUUGCCGCUUUAUGAAGUGUCUCACCGUCGGAAUGAUGCGGGAAGGAGUGCGGCUGGACAGAGUGCGCGGCGGCAGACAGAAAUACAAACGUCGGAUAGAUGCCGAGAACAGUCCCUAUCUGAACCCACAGCUGGCUCUGCCACCCAAAAAGCCAUUCCCCUUUGGCUGCCUUGCAGAUAAUAAGAUCGUGUCACACUUGCUGGUGGCUGAGCCUGAGAAGAUCUAUGCCAUGCCAGACCCGACUGUCCCCGACAGCGACAUCAAGGCUUUGACCACGCUGUGUGACCUGGCAGACCGGGAGCUGGUGGUCAAUAUCGGCUGGGCCAAGCACAUCCCAGGCUUCUCCACGCUGUCUCUGGCUGAUCAGAUGAGUCUGCUGCAGAGUGCGUGGAUGGAGAUCCUGAUCCUGCGUGUGGUCUACCGGUCACUGUCGUUUGAGGACAAGCUGGUAUACGCUGAGGACUACAUCAUGGACGAGGACCAGUCCAAGCUGGCUGGCCUGCUGGACCUCAACAACGCCAUCCUGCAGCUGGUGAAGAAGUACAAGAGCAUGAAGCUGGACAAAGAGGAAUUUGUGACUUUGAAAGCUAUAGCGCUUGCAAAUUCAGACUCUAUGCAUAUAGAGGACGUGGAGGCGGUGCAGAAGUUGCAGGAUGUGCUGCAUGAGGCGUUGCAGGACUACGAGAGCAGCCAGCAUGCCGAGGACCCGCGUCGCGCCGGAAAGCUGCUUAUGACGCUGCCGCUGCUGCGCCAGACGUCCACUAAAGCCGUGCAGCACUUCUACAGCAUCAAACAGGACGGCAAGGUGCCCAUGCACAAACUCUUCCUGGAGCUGCUUGAGGCCAAGGUCUAGCUUGGCCACCAUCGCCUGGACCGGUUCUGUCAUCAUGGAGCGGGCUGGGCAUACACACGAGCACUCUCACUACACUGGGCAGGCUAUGAGGCUAUGACUGAUAUACCGUUUGCGAAACUUUUCUCCAUAAACAACGGUAUCUAAUAAUGACAAUUUAACCUUAACAAUACUCCGGACUAUUGACGUUAUGCUAGAUGCAUAAAAGAACGAAUAAAGUGUGGUUGUUGAGGAAAAAAACAAACAAACAUGCUGAAUAGGACAAAAAAACUAAAGACUUUUACUAUUUAUCAGCAGGACUUCGAACCAGCUUUUGACUUGUUCUUCUCUGAAAACCGGUGCAGUUUUUAGAGUUUUCUUUGUUGAUUUUCACCUAAAAACGGAACCUGGAUCCAAGAAUGACAAACCCUGCCAAAGGAAGGAGUUCCACUGAGUGGGAUGCCAAUGAAACUGUAAUAUCCCAAACCCAUGUCCAAUAGUCCCUCUUUAACGAACGGCCACAACCU